AUGGAGCAACAUGCACCAGGGGAAGGUCCUCAGCUGUCCGAGCUGUCCGGCAUAUUCGUGGAGAAGCCGGAGAGCGUCACAGCAACAAAAGGGAAGGACGUCACGUUUGUGGCUAAAGUGGAUUCCUCAACCCUGACAAGAAAGCCUACAAUGAAGUGGCUGAAGGGGAAAUGGCUCGACCUGGGAAGCAAAGCUGGGAAGCACCUGCAGUUCAAAGAGUCCUAUGACAGGAACACCAAGAUCUACACUUAUGAGAUGAGCAUCAUCAAAGUGGUGGAUGGAGACGCAGGUGGCUACCGCUGCGAGGUCACCGCCAAAGACAAGUGCGACAGCUGCACAUUCGAAGUCUCGGUGCAGGCUGUACAAGAGGACCAGCAGGACAACAUCUUGGAGGCGUUUAAGCGAUCUGGGGAUGCAGGUGAGGAUGCUGGCGAUCUGGACUUCAGUGCGCUGCUCAAGAAAAGAGAGAGGAAACAAGAGGGGCCAAAAGAAGAGGUGGAUGUUUGGGAAAUUUUAAAGGCAGCCAAGCCCUGUGACUACGAGAAGAUUGCCUUUGAGUAUGGCAUCACCGACCUGAGGGGCAUGCUGAAGAGGCUGAAGGCGAUGAAGAAGGUGGAGACCAAGAAGAGUGAUGCUUUCCUGAGGAAGCUGGAUCCAGCCUACUCAGUGGAGAAAGGCAAGAAGAUCUCGCUCACUGUGGAGGUGGCCGACCCUGACGCGCCUAUCAAGUGGUUCAAAAACGGACAGGAGAUCAAACCAUCGGCCAAGUAUGUGUUUGAGAGCGUGGGCAACAAGCGGACACUCACUAUCAACAAGUGCAGCCUGUCGGAUGACGCAGCAUAUGAGUGCGUGGUCGGGGAGGAGAAGUGUUUCACGGAGGUUUUUGUCAAAGAGCCUCCAGUCACCAUCACCAAGCUGCUGGACGAUGUUCACACUGUGGUGGGUGAAAAGGUGGAGUUUGAAGUGGAAGUGUCUGAGGAAGGAGCCAACGUCAAAUGGAUGAAAGAUGGAGUUGAGCUGACGAGAGAUACUGCAGGUUCAAAGUACAGGUUUAAAAAGGACGGCAAGAGGCACAUUUUGAUCAUAAACGAAGCCACAACAGACGAUAUUGGGAUGUACUAUGCCUUCACCAACGGCGGAGAGUCCAAGGCAGAACUGGAGGUUGAAGAAAAGGAGCUGGAGGUUCUGCAGAGCAUAGCUGACCUGACGGUGAAGUCAGCUGAACAGGCUGUAUUCAAGUGUGAAGUGUCGGAUGAAAAGGUGACGGGGAAGUGGUUCAAGGAUGGUGUUGAAGUCCAGGCCAGUGAUCGCAUCAAAAUGACGCACAUCGGAAGGACCCACAAGCUUACGAUUGAUGACGUGAAGGCUUCAGAUGCUGGAGAUUACACCUUCGUCCCUGAUGGCUACGCACUUUCUCUCUCUGCAAAACUCAACUUCCUGGAAAUCAAGAUUGACUAUGUACCUCGCCAAGAUCCUCCCAAAAUCCACCUGGACACCAGCGGCGCAGGCAACAAGAACACCAUCAUCGUGGUGGCCGGAAACAAACUUCGCUUUGACGUUGAGAUCACAGGAGAGCCGGCGCCCACCGUGUGCUGGAUGAAAGGAGACAAUGUGGUGGCCGAGGCCGAGGGACGGGUCCGCGUGGAGACCAGGAAGACCCUGAGCAGCUUUGUGAUUGAGGGAGCGGAGAAACAGGACGAGGGCCUCUACAACAUCACCGUGACGAACCCGGCCGGAGAGGACAAGGCCAGCCUCAUUGUCAAGAUCGUGGAUGUGCCCAACCCUCCUGAGAAUGUCAAAUGCACAUCAGUUGGCGAGGACACUGCCACGGUCACAUGGGACCCUCCUCCGUACGACGGCGGAGUUCCCAUUAAAGGAUACCUGAUGGAGAGGAAGAAGGUUGGCUCGGACAGAUGGACCAAGCUCAACUUUGAUGUUUAUGAGUCCACCACCUAUGAGGCUAAGAAGAUGAUUGAAGGUGUACUUUAUGAGAUGAGAGUGUUUGCAGUCAACGGCAUUGGCAUCUCUCAGCCCAGCUCCAACUCAAAGCCCUUCAUGCCCAUUGCCCCCACCGGCGAGCCCACUCGUCUCACCGUGGAUGAUGUGACAGACACUACCUGUGCACUCAAGUGGCGUCCUCCAGAGAAAAUCGGAGCAGGCGGCAUCGACGGCUACAUCAUCGAGUACUGCAAAGAAGGAAGUGACCAGUGGAUCCAGGCCAACGAGAAACUGGUGGACAAGACACAGUACCGGGUGAAGGGUCUCCCAGUGGGAGAGAAGAUGCUGUUCAGAGUGAUCGCUGUCAACAUGGCUGGACGAAGCCCUCCUGCCACCCUCACACAGGGCGUCACCAUCAGAGAGAUCAUGGAAAAUCCAAAGAUCCGCCUGCCUCGAAAUCUGAGAACCAAACUCAUCACACUGGUGGGCGAGAAGGUGAAUUUGGUCAUCCCCUUCCAGGGUAAACCUCGCCCUAUUGUGACCUGGUUCAAAGAUGGCGUCCUCCUGGAGGACAAAACGGUGGGAACUCGUACCAGCGAGGUGGACACCAUCCUCUUCAUCCGCUCCGCUGAGAGAACCCACUCCGGGAAGUACACGCUGUCCGUCCAGAUCGAGAACGUGUCCGACAGUGCCGACAUCUUCAUCCAGGUUGUAGAGAAGCCGGGUCCUCCCAUCGCUGUGACUGUCACCGACGUCUGGGGCUUCAACGCUGCUCUGGAGUGGAAGCCCCCCAAAGACGACGGCAACUGUGACAUUAUUGGCUACACCAUCCAGAAGGCCGACAGGAAGACUAAGGAGUGGUUCACGGUCUAUGAGCACAACCGCAGGCCCAGCUGCACUGUGUCUGACCUGGUCAUGGGGAACGAGUAUUCCUUUCGAGUGUUCAGCGAAAACAUCUGUGGCCUCAGUGACGAUGCCGGAAUCAGCAAGAACACCGCUGUCAUUACCAAAACAGGUUUGGCCCGUGUUAUGGAGCCCUUCAAAGAGAAGGACAGAUCCAGUUCCCCCAAAUUCACCGCUCCUCUGGUGGACAGAAGUGUCAUUGCAGGUUACACUGCAGCCAUCAGCUGCGCCGUCCGCGGCUACCCGAAGCCAAAGAUCAUUUGGAUGAAGAACAACAUGAUCAUCGGUGAAGACCCCAAGUUCCUGAUGCAGAACAACCAGGGUGUGUUGACUCUGAAUAUCCGCAAGCCGAGCCUGUUCGAUGGGGGCAGAUACACCUGCAGGGCCAUCAACGAUCUGGGGCAGGACGAGGUGGAGUGCAAGGUGGAGGUUCGAGUUUUACAAGAGAAAGCAGAGGAGGCGAAGAAAUGAGCGACAGCACGAAACAGCAGAGGAUACAGUUGAACAGGAAUAGUAAUGGAUUAUGUAUAACGGGAUAGUCAUGAAUAAAUAUGAUUAGAAUAGAUCACUGGUGAGGCUCUAAAGCCACCACCAGCACCCCCUCCCUCUGCAUAUGCUUGCCUUUCGCUGCUGCUAUGAUGAAUGCUACAUCAGUAAUAUGCCAUAAAUUCUUUGAGCAAGCUGCCACCUUGUCACAUCCUGACUGAGAGAAGCCACAGUGAAGUGUAGUAGCGCUGCCCUGCUGUGACCACACACAGACGGAGCCUUCUUAUCUGUGGAGUGGACCUGUCACCCAACACACUUAUAAAACAGCCUUUCAUCCAUUA